AGGGCGCUGUGGAGCUGCUGCCUGCAGCGUGCGGUGCCCACGGCGUCGGGCUGGGCAGGGGGGCAGCCGCUCAAGGGCUCCUGCUGGAGAGGCGCGGAGCCGCCGCGCAGGGGGUGGAGCGGCACCAUGGAGGAGGUGGCGGAGGAGGAGGAGGCGGACGGGACGCCUCAGGGGCAGCGGCUUCCCGGGAGGUGAGCGGCUCUCCGGCAGCAGGCAGCGCUCCGGGGGUGGGGGUCGCUGCCCCCGCGCGUUCCUGUGCGCAGGGAGGGACCGGCUCGACCCGACCCGAGCAGCGGCUCCCGCCCCGAGCCCGUUCCGGAGGAGAGGCACCUGCCCACCUGCCGCCCUCAGAGCCCGGCUGACGGCCGGGGGAAAAGGAGCCGGGGCAGCGCGGGGCUCCGCACCUGCUCCGAGAACGGUAGCGGGGCUUACUGGAGACGCGAUACCGGCGUCCCGCCGGUUCUUCUCAAACAGAUAUGGAUAAAAAAAUGCAUGAAGAGCAGCCUUUGACUGCCUGUAACCAGUACCCUAAAGAAGCAGUGAGGAAACGUCAGAAUUCGGGUCGAGGUUCCAGGGGCAGUGAUUCUUCCAGGACCUCCAGGAAAAGCUUCAGGCUGGACUACAGGUUAGAAGAGGAUGUAACUAAAUCAAAGAGAGGGAAAGAUGGGAAAUUUGUCAACCCGUGGCCAACGUGGAAAUCACCAACUCUGCCAAAUAUUUUAAAAUGGUCCCUCAUGGAAAAAAAUAACAGCAAUGUGCCAUGCUCAAAACAGGAACUUGAUAAAGAGCUUCCAGUGUUAAAACCUUACUUUGUUCAAAAGCCAGAACUUGCUGGGAAGACAGGAACUGGCAUGAGAGUCACAUGGUUGGGACAUGCCUCAGUUAUGGUGGAAAUGGAUGAACUUACAUUUCUUACUGACCCAAUCUUCAGCCAGCGUGCAUCCCCCACCCAGCUGAUGGGUCCCAAGCGCUUCCGAGGACCUCCGUGCACAGUCGAGCAGCUCCCCAAAAUAGAUGCAGUCAUGAUCAGCCAUAACCACUAUGAUCACUUGGACUACAACACUGUCACGAGUUUAAAUGAACGUUUUGGGAGUGAGCUGCGCUGGUUUGUGCCUCUGGGGCUCUUGGACUGGAUGCAGAGAUGUGGUUGUGAGAAUGUGAUUGAGCUGGACUGGUGGGAGGAGAACUGCGUCCCCGGUCACGAUGCAGUAACUUUUGUCUUUACCCCUUCUCAACACUGGUGCAAAAGGACUGCAACAGAUGAUAACAAGGUUCUUUGGGGCAGCUGGUCUGUCUUAGGACCUUGGAAUAGGUUUUUCUUUUCAGGAGAUACUGGAUAUUGUGUUGCUUUUGAACAGAUAGGUAAAAGGUUUGGGCCUUUUGAUCUUGCAGCCAUUCCCAUUGGAGCUUACGAGCCGAGGUGGUUUAUGAAAUACCAGCAUGUGGAUCCUGAAGAAGCAGUAAGAAUCCAUAUUGAUGUUCAAGCAAAGAAGUCUGUAGCGAUUCAUUGGGGAACCUUUGCUUUAGCAAAUGAGUAUUAUUUGGAUCCCCCAAUUAAACUGAAUGAAGCUCUUGAAAGAUACGGCUUAAAAAAGGAAGACUUCUUUGUCUUAAACCACGGAGAAUCACGGGACUUGAGUACAAAUGAUGGACUUGAAUAAUGACAGUUUGCAGCUCCUUGUAAGCUUGAUUUGAACUAGCAAUUAAUGUUACAUGUAUUAAUAUAAUGUACUUACAAGGUAGUUUUUUCUUUUGGAGUGUAUUGGAUUUUUAGAUGACAGUGGGAACUAAAACUUGCAUACCACUUUCAUAAUAAAUUUUACUAGUUAUAGUGUUUAUAAAUUUUGAGAGGUGGUUUAAAAACUGGUUGUUAAUAUAUAAGAUACUGUCUGGGAAUAACUUCAGUUUCAACUCUUAUGUUCACCACUGAUAAAUUACUCAUUUUCUUUUUAAAAACUCUUAAUCUUAGCUGUAACAGCAAUAAUAACCUCAGUGCAGGGCAUACUCUUAGAAUUAAUGGCUGACUUGAUUUAGGCAUUGUUAGAUCACCAUCUCCCCCCUGUUAGUCAUUAAUCUUCAGGUUAGGCUCUGUACCUUGACAGCUUCACUGUAUGUUUUGUGGGGUGGAGUCUUCCAAUACAGCUGUGUUGUUAGAGCACAGGCACAGUAAAAUAUUUAUUUUACCAAGUACUUCCACAUUUUCAUAUAUUGAUGAACCACAAAAGCUGAAUUUUAAAAUGACCUAAUGAAACGUGCCUUUUAAAGAGAGAUUUAAUAUUGUAUCAUCAAGGUGUAAAACUUACUGCUGGCCAGGUUAUCUGCACACUUUUGUUGUUUUGUCAGUGUUUUUAAGUUAGGUCUGAAUGUACCUAAAAUAACUUCCUUUGCAAAUGCAGUACAUGAAUGAAAGAAUCCCUUAACGGUGCUUGUCUUUGCAUUGAGUCAGCCUAUUGCUAAGUAUGUUUUUUUAAGUGAAAAGUCUUAAGCAAGGGCUGGGGUAUUUUUUUUUACAGCUUCCCUGUAAUUUUAAAGUUGAAUGAGAGAUUACAGCAUUGUUUGCUAUUGUAAGACUUAGCUAAAUGUCUCUGUAUCAGAUUGCCAUGCUAAACUGCAGAAUUAAAGCCUGUUGUUGCCAAUGAAAAGGGUUGUUAUUCUGUCAUAAUUCAUUGGCAAUUUUUUUUGCUCAUUAUUUGUUUAUGUCUAUGGAAUAUGGGUAAUGUUUUUUUUUGCUCUUGCUGUGCAUUACAUAUUAUGUUCAUAUCCCAUGAAGAUAAAUUGAAAAAAUAACACAUUAUUUCCCUGCAAUGUAAAGGCAAGAAAUUCUAGCAACUAAUUAAAACCAGUAAAGGGGAUUUAAUGUUAGGAGCAAACUGCAGUCUUCUGUUGACAGUCACCUUUUAAAAAUUUGUAUCAGGAAGUCCUCGAAGUUUUAUAGAUCUCAAUAGCAACAAAGAACAGCACAAGGAGGAAGGAUCAGUUAGUCCAAGUUCAUGAUGAAGAAAGGUUCUACAACGGAGGACUAUUACACUUACAUGUAAGAAAAAGUGGCUUAUGUUCAUUUGGUGAGAUUCACAUUUGACAAAACAUCAAGAUUUCUUGAUUUGAAAAGGUAAUUCUAGUAUGGUCGAGAUGUAUUCACCAGAAGUUAUUCAAAACUGGUUUAAAACUACUCUCAUGUCAUUCAGUCUUGAUUUUGGGAAAGGAUUUCAGCUGAAGUCUCCAUUUGGCCUUCUAUUUACAGAACAGCUUCAGUAACAUUUUGGAUGAUAUAAUGUAUAUUACACGUUCAUAAUGGAGGAGCCACAACUGCUGUACUUUGUUUUGAGCACUUUGAUGGACAUGGCUAAAAUUGAAGUUUUUUCUUCCAGUUUUCAAAAUAAUCAGUAGACUAUUCUGUAAAAAUCUGUACUUUGGAAAGAAUGAAACUAAAAUACAGAAUAACUAAAUAAGCAGCCAUAUAGCAGAGACGUAUUGACCUACAAGGAUCCCAGACCAAAUGUCAGUGUUGGCAUGUUGUGUUUUGGAGCUAUUCAUCCACCACAUUUGUAUGCAGAACAGUGACUGUUACGCUUUGUUUGAUGCUGAUAAGAUGCUGAUAAGAUUCCAUCUUGGGUGCAGGGUGGGGGAUCAUAAAACAGCACACUUGUGUGAAAACGCCUGGGAGAGUCUUGCAUGAUUUCAAAACUUCUCAACAGCAUUAUUUUAUGAAAAAGGCAUUUAAAAAUAGGUCUCUCUAGACAAGAAAGAGAAGACAGAGACAACACUAGCACGUUGUCAUCUAUUUUUAGUGUGAUCAUGGUUCCCUUUUGCUAUCAAAGGAAAGGGUAAGAGAUCAACUUUAAUUACCCAAAAGUGAUAGUAUAAAAACUUUUUAUGUUGGAGAACACAGAGAGAGACACUGAGACACUGCUGCUAAGUUUAAGGAACAUUCAUAUAUCUGAUAUAUCUAGAACAGUCUAAGUUCCUGCCAGGAAAGGAAGGUGGCAUUGGUAAAUUCUUAGGGUCUGACCUAUCCUUCAUUUUCUGUUGCUAAAUACAAAAGCCGAUAAAAAACUAAAGCAACAAAAAGUGCCCAGUCAUUAAUUGAUUGUACUGUAACUUGCUUAUUACAAAAUGAACAGUGCUUUUGGAGCAGUGAGAAGGAGAACGGGAAGUUGACUGUCAAUGCAGCGACUGUCAGGCUUCUGACUGGGAAUCAUGCCAGUUUCUAUUUCUGCCUUGAUUCUGUUCCUGAUGAGUUAAAACUAUCUAUGUAGAUGAAUAAGAUACAUGUAGCUUCACCCCUGUAUUGAUCACAGCAUAGUUAUGUUGUAUUUUCAAGGUCACAAUUUUCCUGCAGUUCUAGCCAUUUCAAAGUCACCUACUGAAAAUAAAUAUCUACUGAAUGACAGAAGAGAGUAGCACUUUGAGAGCCAAGUGGAUAUGUUAUCCUAGAAAGGUGAAGCAGCUGGUAACAGUUUAGGUAAUAGUUAAGACUUUUUUAUAAAGAUGAGAAGGUUGAAAUGCAGUUGCAGAUAAUCCUUGUUUCAUAACAAAAUAUUCUGAGUAUGUGUAUGCUUUCCUUAGAGUGGCAAUUUUAAAGCAAGAUAGAAUCUUUUCAGUUUUUUGUUUGUUUGGUUGUUUUUUUCACAGUAUGGAAAUUGGGCACAGUUGUGGUUAACUGCACUGCAGUUUGGCUAAAUGGAGUGGAUAUACUAAAUUUUAGAAUAUUCCAUGCAGGUAAGGUGAAAAAAAAACAUAGGCUGGUUAACUUUAAUAUGCAGUUUCUAUUGAAAAUACUAUUUUUGUAGGAAGCCAUUGGUAGCUUGAUAUUGUUUAUAUUUAACAUUUUCUAAGAUUUGCCUGCACCCAUUUUAUACAUACUAGAUGAAUAAAAUGGAAAUCCCUAAUCUCUAAUUGCUAAAUCUUUAAUGCACCAUUCAGUAGGUGUAUUUAUUCAACAGAUGUAAGGCAACAAAAAUUCUUUCUGACAUGGAGAAUAUUUUGAUUCACUGAACUCAUCCAUUUGACUUGUUCACUGUACAUACAAAAGUUUUCAUGUUUUAAACCAUUCCUCCCUCUUUGUGUACAUGUACCAGCUGUACAGUGGUUUCCCAGUACUAAUUAAGCUACUGCUUUUAUCUCGCUCAUUAAAAAAAUAAUAUGUUCUCUAC